AUGACCCGAAUUGCAGAGCCCACGCCACUCCCCCCCUCAACUCACACAAACGGCACGCAAACCCACCAAGGCCAAUCUCAAAAUGAUGAGCACACGGAAAUCUUCUCCGUACCAAACAUCCAGCUCCAGGUCCGAGACCUCAAGCACCCCGGCGCAAAGCGCUUCCUCGGCGCCGUCAACGCAGCCGAUUGCCUCACCACGGGCACCCUAAACGUCCUCAAGCUCCUGUACAACACGCCCCCGGACCCGGAGACCAAAGUCCCGCCAACCAGCGCCGUGACGCUCGUCCUCGAGGACAUGCCCGGCGUGGCCUACACGGUCGGCCAAAACGGCGACAACAACAAAAAGGAAAUUCACUUUUCGCUCUCGUACAUUGCGCAAAUCACCCCCUACCGCGUGGCCCAGGAAAUCAACGGCGUCGUCAUCCACGAGCUUGUCCACUGUUUCCAGUACAAUGGCUUCGGCGCCGCCCCGGGCGGGCUCAUCGAGGGCAUCGCAGACUGGGUGCGUCUUCACUGCAACCUUGCGCCGCCGCAUUGGAAGCAAGAGGUCAAACAGAACUGGGAUGCCGGGUACCAGCACACCGCCUUCUUCCUGGAGUAUCUUGAACGGCUCUAUGGUCAAGGGACGGUUCGUCGAAUUAACGACAAACUAAGGACCAGCAAAUAUGCCGAGGACGUCUUUUGGGUUCAGCUCUUUGGAAGAAAGGUCAGAGAUUUAUUUGCAGACUAUACUAGAACAUUGCAACAUGCCGCAUAG